UACAUUUAGAAUCAGAAUUAUUCUUAGAGAGAUCAGUUAUCGUUGAGCACUCCUGUUUCCAAGUGAUUCUCCGAUCCACCUUCAGCGUAUUGUACCGAAUAUACUAUUGGAUUUUGCUUAUCUUGUGGAAGGAAGGACGAUACUUGGUGAGGUUCUGCGGAUCGUUCCCUUUCCCUAAGGGGUGAACCGUUUGCAGAGCGUAUUGUCUGCCGUUGCAAUGUGCAUUUCAUUUCUAUUUUUCAGGAGAUAUCACCUAUGAAAAAAGUAUGGGUAGAGUGAAGAGGGCCAUACUCACGAUUCGGCUUGAGAUGAAUCUGUAAGCUGAUGUAAACAAAGCAGCAGUAUGAAAUUUUGUCAUAGCAUCUUUGUUACCGCAAAGAUGCACAGAUGUAUGCCAAAGGUGAGUUUUCAAAAGGACAGGAUUUUUAUAUUAUUAUUAUCAGUAUUUUUAUGUUUCAUCAAGUUCUUGAGUACGGGUGCAAGGAGAGAUGGAAGUAGGUAAGGUUUAGUAGAAAAUAAUCACGCUGGCAAAGCGUAAGCCGCUUUUUCGAAUCUUUUCCGAGAAUUUGCAUCCUAAAUGGGCACCUGAUAAUUCAUAACAUUGUUCAUUUAUAUUUAUUGCUUUACUCCAUAUUUUUUUACCUUUUUUGAUCAGUGUUCCAGAAGGAAAGAAUUAAACAAAUUUUAUUAUUUUCCCAUUAUUAAUGGUAUCUUUUUUUAAUUUAAUAAACCUCUAGAAUAGUAGGCUUUAUGGGCUAUAAACUUUGGCAUGGGGAGUUUGUGGGCUAAGGAGGGAAUAAGUCUUUACGCCCUUAGUUCUCUUUUAAAAAUUUGUUUGAUAUGCUAAAUCGGAAUGCUCCAUUAUUUUAUUGUAUAAUUAUCAGCAACUUCACUGGUAUUGGAGAGGAACUUGUGUGCGCUAUCAAUAUCUAUGAUGUUGUCCUUAUUUCCUCUUCACUAAGCUUUACAAAGAAGUCCAAAAAGUGUAUUUAUUUUAUCUAUGGAUUCGUCUGCACCAACAAAGCAAUGCCUUCAAAGACUACAGAAGGAACUACGUGCCCUCCAGAAGGAGCCCAAUAACUACUUCGUCGCUGCCCCAGACCCACGUAACAUAUUAAUAUGGUGGGUGCGCAUCGCCGGCCCACCUGAUACUUCGUACGCUGGUGGCUACUAUCUUUCGCAAAUUAGGUUCCCCAGCGAUUAUCCGUUCAAGCCGCCUAGUAUUAAGAUGUGCACCCCUAACGGUCGCUUUAAAACUGACACAGACAUCUGCCUUUCCAACAGUUCUUUCCAUCCUGAGGAGUGGAGUCCGAUGUGGAGCGUCAACACCAUCAUAACUGGUAUGAUUUCUUUCUUUGUAUCUGAGGAAGAGGCAAUGGGAACGCUGAAAGCAUCUGAGGCGGAACGUAAGAAUUUCGCAAAGGGGAGUCGAGCUUACAACGUGAAACGCCUCGGAACUUUCUACAAGCGUUCCCUACCGGAGGCCUAUGCAGAAGAUUUUAAGUACAUAGAAGAGGAAGAAAAUCGUGAAAAGCACCUACCUGAAUAUGAAAAUACAGGGGGUGGGGCGAGAUCUCGAAAAAAGAGUGCCAAACUGCGAGAAAAGGAGAUUCUUUGUAGUUUAGAUGUCCAACAAAAUCCUUCUGCUAAGGUUCAACAAGAUAUGAAACCAGUAGAAUCGUCAAUAGGCAGUGGCAGUGACAUUCUUAACACAUCUUUGCAUUCAGCAUCGGACCUAAUAAGCUUAGAUAACAACAAACAUCUGCCAGAGGAUACGAUGUCUUCGAGCUGGCGUAGUUUGGCAGUUGCGGCAGUCAUAGUGGCGGCUGCGCUAGGUUGGUUUUGCUGUAUUAGAGACCAUUAA